AUGAAUAAUGAUGGGCAACGGGCUGGCCUUCAUGACGAUCCUGAGAUUGAUAGACUACACAAAUUUCUUGGGACUGUGAAGGUUGAAUUAGAUGAUAUUUACUUUGAUCCUAGUGAUACGAGGGCAAUCGACCCAGCAAAUGUGGAUCGCCUUUACGGCAUAUUUGAAAAAGAGGGUUGUCAGCACGAAGCUCCUAAGCACCGUAUUCCGGUGACUAUUUCAGCGAGCCAGUUUGAGCUGGCAUUGAAUACAGCGGGCAUUGUAAGGAAUGAUCUGAAUAAUCCAAGCUCAGCAGAGCUUCCCCUACUACAAUUCGAACGCCAUGUACGUGGUCUACACGGUCAACAUCGCAUUCUGGCCGGCAAACGCUAUUUAGCACCACGGAAACAGUGGUGGACAGUUGAUCUCUACUUGAACGAUAUCUGCCAUGGUCUAGAGGAGAUACUUAUCGAAGAAUAUGCCAACGAGAAACCAUAUAGCGAGGGCCAUAUAUAUUACAGACUACGAUGUGCCAGUAGUGCCGCUGAUACUGAUUCUGAGCUGAGAUGGACUGCACGUCUUUCAUCGAAUAGCCAGAUGCGUCUGAAAUCAUUUUUGAAUGUUGCUGAUCUCCGAAACGCCCUUGAUCUCGUUAUGCUUAUGCCGGGACAACGCCCAGCAUUGCGCAUAAGUAUGUUCCACCGUAUCCAAGCUAUCAAAUGUAAUGAGGUGAGGGGUCUGUUAUUCAUUGCCCAAAUAGUAUCCGCUAAAAGUCAUUUUAGGAAAUAUGUCGAUAUUUGA